AUGUCCAGCAAACCUAAUUCAAAACGUACGAUAUACGUGGGUGGUUUAGCAGAGGAAGUAGACGAGAAAGUUUUAAAUGCCGCUUUUGUGCCCUUUGGGGACUUAGUUGAUGUGCAAAUACCUUUAGAUUACGAAACAGAGAAACACAGGGGUUUCGCCUUCAUUGAAUUUGAAAAUGCUGAAGAUGCAGCCGCUGCUAUUGAUAAUAUGAAUGAUUCCGAGCUAUUUGGUAGAACAAUAAGGGUUAAUAUAGCAGCACCACAGAGAAUAAAAGAAGGUUCAACUAGACCUGUUUGGUCAGAAGAUAGUUGGCUACAGAAGCAUGCUGGAGAAACAUUACCCAUUAAUAAAGAAGGAGAGGAGGAUAGUACUAAUGAGAAGACGGAAGUAGCUAAUGCAAUAACAGCAAAACCCACGGAAAAGAGAAACCCUCAAGUAUACUUUGACAUCUGUGUUGGUAAACAGGAGUUAGGUAGAAUAAUAAUGAUGCUCAGAAAUGAUAUAGUACCAAAGACAGCUGAGAACUUUAGAGCACUGUGUACUCAUGAGAAGGGCUUUGGAUACCAAGGAAGCAGUUUUCAUAGGAUCAUUCCCGAUUUUAUGUGUCAGGGUGGAGACUUCACUAAUAACAAUGGCACUGGUGGGAAGUCAAUAUACGGACGGAAGUUUGAGGAUGAGAACUUUACAUUAAAACAUACGGGACCUGGUAUUUUGAGCAUGGCCAACUCUGGCCCUAACACCAAUGGAUCACAGUUCUUCCUGUGCACUGCUAAAACCGACUGGUUGGACAACAAGCAUGUUGUAUUCGGACAUGUCAUAUCUGGUCUUGACGUGUUGAAGAAAAUGGAGAGAUAUGGGAGCAAAGGUGGAACUGUCUCCACUAAAGUCACCAUAAGUAAUUGUGGAGAGUUACAG